UAACAAGAUCGGCUUCUACAUCGACAAUGCUCAUGUAGUGUAACCUUUCCCUUGUGUCAUCGAAUGUAUCGUAAAUCGACAAGUGUUUAUAUGUGAUCUCAGUAGUGUUGUUCUGUCCUGGAAAAAAAAGUUUUAUAAACAAUUUUUAUAAUAUCGUGUUAAGUGACAAAAGAGAAAAAAAAAUUCUUAUAGUGAGUGGGAGGUGUUUUGAAAACCGGCGAUCACAGGUGUCUCGGCGGUCAACCUUGUUGUCAAGAUGGCGUCAAAGGGAAAGUUGGCCACUGAGCAUGGCCGCUCAGAUUCAUACAGGGUCGCCACUUUACCAAACAUUCGCGAUGACAACAAAAGUGCAGAUGGAAUGUACAAGUCGCGGCGGAAGACCCCAAAGAAAAGGGGGGAUAACCUGGAUGAACUCAAACAAGAGUUGGAUAUCGACUUUCACAAAAUUUCCCCCGAAGAGUUAUAUCAGAGAUUUCAGUCGCACCCCGAAAACGGCCUUAGCCAUGCAAAAGCGAAGGAGAAUUUGGAAAGAGACGGUCCGAAUGCCCUCACGCCACCUAAGCAGACACCCGAAUGGGUCAAAUUCUGCAAGAAUCUCUUUGGAGGUUUUGCCCUGCUCUUAUGGAUCGGUGCCAUCCUCUGUUUUAUCGCUUAUUCAAUCCAGGCUUCGACAAGCGAAGACCCUAACGACGACAACUUGUAUUUGGGUAUCGUCCUUGCAGCUGUCGUGAUAGUUACGGGUAUUUUCUCGUAUUAUCAGGAGAGUAAAUCCAGUAAAAUUAUGGAGUCAUUUAAAAACAUGGUUCCCCAAUUUGCCACGGUUAUCAGAGAAGGUGAGAAGCUCACUCUAAGGGCUGAGGAAAUUGUUUUGGGAGACGUUGUUGACGUCAAAUUUGGAGACAGAAUCCCUGCCGAUAUUAGGAUCAUCGAAUCUCGAGGAUUCAAGGUAGACAAUAGCUCGUUAACAGGAGAAUCCGAGCCUCAAUCGAGAUCGCCGGAAUUCACGAACGAGAAUCCUUUGGAAACGAAGAACUUGGCGUUCUUCUCGACAAACGCUGUUGAAGGUACUGCAAAAGGUAUUGUAAUCUGUUGUGGAGAUCAAACAGUAAUGGGAAGGAUUGCCGGUUUGGCAUCAGGUCUCGACACUGGUGAGACACCAAUCGCCAAGGAAAUCCACCACUUUAUCCACUUAAUUACCGGUGUGGCCGUAUUUCUCGGUGUCACCUUCUUCGUCAUUGCCUUUAUUUUGGGUUACCAUUGGCUUGAUGCUGUCAUCUUCCUCAUUGGUAUUAUCGUAGCUAACGUGCCCGAGGGUCUAUUGGCGACUGUCACGGUAUGCCUCACCCUCACUGCCAAGAGAAUGGCAUCAAAGAAUUGUCUCGUUAAAAAUCUAGAAGCCGUCGAAACUUUGGGCUCGACGUCGACCAUCUGCUCAGACAAAACCGGAACUCUUACACAAAACAGAAUGACCGUUGCUCACAUGUGGUUCGACAACCAAAUCAUUGAGGCCGACACGACUGAGGAUCAAUCUGGAGUUCAGUAUGACAGGACUAGUCCCGGAUUCAAAGCUUUAUCUAAGAUCGCCACGCUUUGUAAUCGAGCAGAGUUUAAACCCGGUCAGGAUGGAGUACCAAUUCUUAAACGCGACGUCAAUGGAGAUGCCUCUGAGGCUGCUCUUCUCAAAUGUAUGGAACUCGCCCUUGGUGAUGUGAUGGGAAUACGUAAGCGAAACAAGAAAGUCUGCGAAGUACCCUUCAACUCGACAAACAAGUACCAAGUGUCGAUUCACGAGCCGGAUGAUCCUAAUGAUCCUCGUCAUUUGUUGGUUAUGAAAGGUGCUCCGGAGAGAAUUUUGGAUCGUUGUUCAACAAUCUUUAUCAGCGGAAAGGAAAAGGUUCUCGAUGAAGAAAUGAAGGAGGCAUUCAAUAAUGCCUAUCUCGAGCUCGGUGGACUUGGAGAGCGUGUCCUUGGUUUUUGUGACUUCGUUUUGCCAUCUGAUAAAUUCCCACUUGGCUUUAAAUUCAACUCUGACGAUCCCAACUUCCCUACUAUUGGACUACGAUUUGUGGGUCUUAUGUCAAUGAUUGAUCCGCCCAGAGCUGCGGUACCAGAUGCGGUCGGAAAAUGCCGUUCCGCUGGUAUCAAGGUCAUCAUGGUUACUGGUGAUCAUCCAAUCACUGCCAAAGCCAUUGCCAAAUCCGUCGGAAUUAUCUCCGAAGGUAAUGAAACAAUUGAGGAUAUUGCUCAGCGGCUGAACAUUCCCGUGUCCGAAGUGAACCCCCGCGAAGCCAAAGCAGCAGUGGUUCACGGAACUGAACUCAGGGAUUUGAACUCCGAUCAGCUGGACGAAAUCCUUAGGUAUCACACCGAAAUAGUGUUCGCUCGUACUUCGCCUCAGCAGAAGCUUAUAAUAGUCGAAGGCUGUCAAAGAAUGGGCGCCAUUGUGGCAGUGACAGGUGAUGGUGUGAAUGACUCGCCUGCCUUGAAGAAAGCGGAUAUUGGAGUUGCCAUGGGCAUUGCCGGUUCUGACGUCUCAAAACAAGCUGCGGACAUGAUUUUGUUGGAUGAUAAUUUUGCUUCAAUUGUCACGGGAGUCGAAGAGGGUCGAUUGAUUUUCGAUAAUUUGAAAAAAUCCAUCGCCUACACUCUAACUUCCAACAUUCCUGAAAUAUCACCUUUCUUGGCUUUCAUUCUUUGCGACAUUCCCUUGCCACUUGGUACUGUUACGAUUCUUUGCAUCGAUUUGGGAACUGAUAUGGUACCAGCCAUCUCGCUGGCUUACGAGGCACCGGAGUCGGACAUUAUGAAACGUCAGCCACGCGAUCCUUACAGAGACAAUCUUGUAAACCGAAGGCUUAUUUCCAUGGCGUAUGGACAGAUUGGUAUGAUUCAAGCAGCAGCGGGUUUCUUUGUCUACUUCGUUAUUAUGGCUGAGAAUGGAUUUCUACCGAAGAAGCUUUUCGGCAUCCGGAAAAUGUGGGAUUCAAAAGCUAUAAACGAUUUAACGGACAGCUAUGGACAGGAAUGGACAUACAGAGAUCGCAAAACGUUGGAAUUCACCUGCCACACGGCAUUCUUCGUGUCGAUUGUCAUAGUACAAUGGGCUGACUUGAUUGUCUGCAAAACAAGACGGAAUUCCCUCUUCCAUCAAGGAAUGAGAAAUUGGGCUCUCAACUUUGGAUUAGUCUUUGAAACAGCACUCGCUGCUUUCUUGAGUUACACACCUGGAAUGGACAAGGGUCUUCGUAUGUUUCCUCUCAAAUUUGUUUGGUGGUUACCAGCGAUUCCAUUCAUGUUGGCCAUCUUCAUUUACGAUGAAACAAGACGAUUUUAUAUUCGUCGAAAUCCAGGUGGUUGGCUAGAACAAGAAACUUAUUAUUAGAUGCGCUGUCGCAACGAAAUAUAUAGAGAAGCAGCGGCAGAAGAGAAAGCAUACCCACGCAGAAACACAUCCAAAAAAAAAGAAAAAUAAAAAAAAAAUCAUUUACAAAAUGAGAAAAAAGUAAUCAUUCACGAGAAAAAGAAAUACAUACAUUUACACGUUUUACAUAGGGCGUGCUAUUGGGUCUAUCAUCGUCGCGAGGUAGGCUUGACUGCAUUCAUCAUUAUUAUAGCCGAUUCGCUUGGCUUUAGGUUUUUUCACAUCGAACAAACCAAUAACAACGACGAAGACGUCGCCAAGAGUGUUCUACGUGGACGACAUCGUGCGUUGAGACUAGGGCGCUGUUAAAAUAAAUAAAAAAAAAAACAGUAACUCGUCAUUCCUGCUCUGCUUGCUCAGACUUGAACAAUCUUCAGUCAAUACGGACUUCGUAUCUAUGAGGGACGGAAUGACGACGCCAAGAGUAAACGAUUGUUUGCGGAAGAAUUUAAGAAAGGCCUAAAAAAGAAUACAGAGGAGAAAUCUUAGUAAGACGAAGAUGCAACUCGCCAAACAAAUUAAAGAUUAUUGCUCGAAUGUCUUGUGAUAUCGAGAAGUUUCAUCUCAACUUUCUCUCUCAUCAUUAAUCAAACGAGGCACGCCCUAGUUAUUCGAGACUAAGAAGUGGAGUAACAAUUCAAGAUACUAAGAAAUUCAUUAAAAUAUUAGAUUCAGCGAAAGAAAGAAAGACAGAGAACAACUGGUUUGUCUCCCAACAUGAGGAAUCUUCACUCAAGUCUAUAAAAUUGCUAACGAAUAAAACCGUACGCUAGAUUGGCACGCCCUAGUUGAAGAGAGAAAAAAGAAGUUUUAAUAAAGUAACUAAUAUUUAAAGAAAAAAAAACGCGUUCGCAGUAUUCAUUAUUAUUAUUACUAUUAUUAUUAUGAUUAUUAUUAUUAUUGUAAAAGAAAUAAUAUCGUUCGGUUUUAAUCUUAUUCCGAGUAGCUAUGAACAGAUUGCGUAUAAUCAGUAGUUUGAGUCUUGAACGAAACACACAGGAAGCGAAAACAAGUCAAAUAGUAUAAAUAUUAGCCAAUCAAUACCAACUACAGGAGAUUUGAAUUAAAUUAUUACGCGGACGACGCGGUAUUCGUAGAGCCAAAGUACACCGCGACCAAAAAAAAGAAAAAAAAAAUUAAAAAAUAGGGUUUGGGUUAGGGUGGGGUGGGAGGGAAACUGUUAUUGAUUCAAUCGUAAUAAAGUAUAACGUGAAUAGGAGUUGAGAGAAACAGUAGGAGCAGGAUGGUUGUAGACGAAGAAAAAGGGGGAAAGUAAAAAAAAAAAAACACAUUCUUACGUAGGUGAUCGAAUUAAAGAAAAGAAAAACAGUAAGGAUAAAAACAUUCAUUCUCUUAGUUUUUCAUAGGUUGUAAAACGCCAGUGGUGUACAAAACUCGCUAUCGAGAAAUCACUCAACCCCGAAACGUUCGAACGCCCUGUUCUCAACCAACGGUAUCGAGUCGAAUAACGCUCUUUACAAAAGUGACUUAAAUGCCUGCCAUGUGACUUUUGGGAUCGGAGAUCAACCGGGUCCAACAGAUAAUACACACAAAAUGUUCCUUGAUUGGAUAUUGGAUUUUCUGACUUUGUCGCUCUGUCCGGUUCGAUAAUAUCGUUAUCUGUGCGACGUACAUUAGAAAAUCCUUUAUCCAUGACGAGUAUCACGUACAUAUGUAACACAAUCACACGCUCACGUCUCGGCCCGGAAACUCAGGCCCGAAACCUACCUAAAGUGUUCAUAUAAUCGAGAUGUUCUCGAGAUGUCAUACACGCGUUAUAAAAUGCACGUUCUUCCUUUACCAGUUUCCCCAUCAAUUAGAAGAGAGAAAGUAAUCGAGCUAGCAGCAAGAAAUGCGUGAGCUCCUCAUUAUUUUUUCUUGUUAGGGGCUGUGCGAAUCUCCCGCCAGUGAAAAAUCGUCACAUUCUGUUGUGGGAGACUGGUGGGGUCCAGAGGAUGCGCCGAGUGCAAAAAAAUAUUUUUUUUUAUUUCAUCGAAAAAGGUUAACACCACGACCCUGUAAAGUUUUAUUAAUCAACACUUGGUACAUAGAAAAAAAAUAAUGUCAUUUAUAAUUGUUCCUUUUUCCAAAUAAAGACUUGUUUCAUGGAUUUGCGCAAUUCUUCUUAUUACUUGAUAAAAUACGAUGCGAUUGGCAAAAUAUUUAAAAAUUAAGUUCCUAAUAUGAUGCAGUGUUACGUGUUGAAUAAUUUAACUGAUCGAAGAGGAAGGCUGAUUUGCCAGAGGAAGGCAAUCGGAGGCUCGGCAUUGAUUUUUGUAAACGCUUGCGAGAAAGAUGAUGGAUCUGCGGUUGUUGACAGGGUGUUCCGUGUCGGGGGGCGUAGAAGCCCAAAUAAAAUGCUUUGCCAUCGUGCGCCGCCUCUCAUUUUAGGCUAAUAAUUUAAAUAAUAAUAUAAUAAUAAUUAUUAUUAUUAUAAUGAUAAUAUAAUACAUGUUAAAAUAAGAUAUUAUUAGAUGUAAUUAUUAUAUAUGGUUUAGUUUAGCUCGUGUUGUUGAAGAAAAAAAAACAAAGUAAGUUUAAGUAAAAAAAAAAAUUUAAAAAAAAAUGAUAAGUGGAGAAGGUGCGAGACUAGAAAAAUAUGUGACGGACUGAACAGGUGUAGGUUAUAUUUAUCUAGCAUUUCUUCAUGAGUCGCGUUCUCGUAGUUGAAAUUCUUAGUCGAGAACAAAAGACGCUGAGAUCAAAUUUUUUGAAGAAAUGUAAAUAUUCGAAGAUAGAAAUGAACCAAAAAAUAAGCGAGUUUGCAAGUUGAAAAUUGUAAUGAAAAAGUAAGAGCGUUAUGCCUGUACAGUCCGUCGCAUGUUACAGAAUUAUUGAAUGAUUAUGAGAAAAAUUGAAUAAUGUUUUAUUAAUAUUGUAAAUAUUUUAAAUAAUUGAAAACGGACAGGCAGAUUGUGCGUGACUGGGGACUCGCCUGAGAAUGACCUGUCCGAUUACGUAACGGAAGAUCACACUCGACGCUUGAGUCCCUACAGUUUUUGUGUUUUCGUUAGCAGCACAUGUAUUACACACCGUUACACGCACGCAUAUUAAAUACACAAAAAAAACGCAACUACACAUCCACCUGUACACACAUUGAUCUUGUCUACUAUCUUAUACCUUCAAAAUAAAUAUUCCUUUCGUAUGAUUAUCUAUAAGUUCUGUUUUCACACGCGAAUACAUUAAGGAAUAAACGAGAGACAUUGUCCAACCCAAGUGUCAUUACUUUUGAUGUUAAAUAAAAAAUACAUAAUUAAUA